GCAACAUAGACAAGGGGAAAGUGAUUGGAACAGUGGGCAAGAUAGAAGUAACUGAGCCAGCCCCAGAUGGUUGUUAAAUUUUCCAUUUUCAGUGUGUAAAUUUACUACAUUACUAAAUUAAGCUACAAAACCAGUUGUUCUGAUUGCCCAGAUUUGACAAAAUGUUGGAGAAAUAAUAAUGAUGAUUAGACUUUUUAAAGGGUGUGGUGCGUCUUUAGAGAGCCUAUCAUAAAACAUUUUCUCCAGAGCCUGUUGGGCACAGUGUCCCAGGGAGGAGUGCCUUGGGGAGGGCACGGUUGUAGGGGCCGGGCUCAGGAAUCCAGCACCAGGGCUUGUUUAUACCCGUGACGGAUUUUCCUUUCUCCUCCACCCCCGUGACGUGCUUUUAGACAGGCUGAAGGGCCAGGGCCGUACCGUUCCCUGCUCGCCGCCUCUGGUCCAAGCCGGGCCCCUCCCUACCCCCAGAGCAGAAGGGCCAGGCUCUCCCUUCUCCUCCUCUUUCGGGCCUGCAGCCAGAAGGGUGGGAGUGACACACACAGACGGCAGCAGCAGCUGACCAAGCCCAGUCACUGACAGCCUCACUGCCCUCGUGAGCCACCAUGGGCCCAGAGGAGGCUGAAUACCGCGGUGGUGACAGCGACAAGGACAGCGGCGGCGGCGGCCCUGGCGACUCCCAGCUGCCUCCUUGACGGACGCGAAGACCCUGCCGCCGCUCUUUCUCUAGAAAGACGACCUGGCUGGUCAGUCGGGCUGGCAGUAGGCCAGGGACGCGGACCAUGGCAGGCGAAAGGUGGCGAGCCGGGCCAGAGCUCGAGGGGUGGGCAGCGAACGUCACACCCAGAGCCCCUUUGCGACAAGAAAAACCUCCGCUCGCCCCUCAAGAUGGCGGCGGCAGCAACGCACUCGCGUACGGAAGCCCCUCGGGUCAGCGCCGUCGCCGGCGGGAAGUGAGGUUCUCCGAGCUCCCGCCCCAAGUGUACGGCGAUUUCGAGCCGCUUGCGUCCGGAGGAAGUGCCCCAGUGGAAAAGCAGAGCCCAAAACAAGAGUUCCGCCUUUCGCCCGGGAAAGAGGAAGUCGUGGAGGCUUACCUUAGGUCACAGCAAGGCACGCACCUCUCGCGCCUGGGAUCUGUGGAAAUGAAUACGAGGAGGACUACCCGGCUGCAGCAGCAGGAGGCUAAGCCACCGGCGCAGCCUUCGCCGGCCACUACGAGGAGAGGGCUGCGGGAGCCCAAGUCCCCGGAAGAAGAUGAACCAUCUUCCCAAACCAUCAUAAGCCAAACAGUCUCAAAGAAAUCUAUCAAAAGAGCACAAGAGAUACCAGUAGCUAAUGAAGAUUCUACAAUUAUAGGUGACCUUCGUAGACCACCUAUAAAAAGUUCAGGAUUUGAUUACUCUUCAUUUGGGACAAAUGGAAAUAGUAAAAUGAAGGAAACAGGAGUCACUAGAAUGGAGAAUGUUGAUUUCUCUGAAGAAGACCCUGAAGAAGAGGAGGUAGAACAACAAAACAUCUCUGACAGUGAUGCGAAUCCUCCCAGCCCUAGCGAUGAGGAUUCUACUAAGUCAAGAGGUCAAGAAAUCAAACUUCCUAAUCAGCAGUCACCAUUGCUAACUUCCCAGGUUCCAGCAAAACUUCCAGAAUGGUCUGGACAGAAUGCAAGACUACGGACAAAAUUACCAACAUCUACAUUAAGCAAGAAGAACUUGAUUCAUGAUCAUUUUUCAGAUGAUGAUAACUGCCAUAAGUCAGAGCUUAGAAACAGAUCGUUAUUAUCUGUCAACCUAAGAGAUCAAUCCAAAAAGAAGUCUUCUGUCAAGUUUUGGCUGCUUCUAAUGUUGAUAAGUGGUGUUGUCCCUGGUUUUUUGUACAUGAACUGGCCUUUCGCCACAAACGUAAAAACCACUGCUGUGAAGGAAUUCCAGAAUCAGAUGAAAAAACUUAUGAAAAAGUACCAAAGUCAGGAUGAAAAGUUAUGGAAAAGGAGCCAGACGUUCCUGGAGAAACAUCUGAAUAGCUCCCACCCACGGCCUCAGCCCGCCAUCUUAUUGCUGACUGCUGCCCAGGAUGCUGAAGAAACACUCAGGUGUCUGAGUGAACAGAUUGCAGAUGCCUACUCCUCCUUCUAUAGUGUUCGUGCAAUCCGGAUUAAUGGGACUGGCACAUCCACCCAAGAUAGUGACUAUGUCAAGCUGGAGGUCGACCAGAAACUGAGCAGUGGGUUCAAGAAUGGCCAGAAUGCAGCUGUGGUUCAUCGUUUUGAAUCACUUCCAGCAGGUUCCACUCUCAUCUUCUACAAGUACUGUGAUCAUGAAAAUGCUGCCUUCAAAGAUGUGGCCCUGAUUCUUACAGUCCUCCUGGAAGAAAAGACCCUGGGGACUGAUUUAGGCCUAAAGGAGGUUGAAGAGAAAGUGAGGGAUUUCCUGAAGGCCAAGUUUACCAGUUCGGAUACCCCAAACUCCUAUAAUCACAUGGAUUCAGACAAAUUAAGUGGACUGUGGAGUCGUAUCUCCCACCUAGUAUUACCUGUCCAGCCUGAAAAUUCCCUGAAAAGUGGGGUGUGCUUAUAACUAUAGGAGAAAAGGAAAGAUGCUUCACAUCACAAGAACUGCUCAAGCCCUCUAACCAGUAAUAAGAAUCAGAGCUCUUUUUGCAAGAACUAUUUUCUUUUUAAAGGAAAUUAAAGUUCUGUUGUAAACAUAGGACUUAGUGAAUGCAAAGUAGUGCAAAUGCUUCUCAUUUCUUAGUCAUCUUAAUAUUUUGUCUGUGAUCUUGAAGAAGGAUCUUUUCUUUUUUACAUCCAGAACAAUGAAGGGGGUAACUUUUUUGUUGCAAUUUGUUUGCAGAUUCCUCAAAGAGUUCUCUUUGAAGAACCUGAGGCAGAAUCGUUAUAGAUUUGGUCUCAUUAAUGAAUUGAUAGAUUCCUUUAGCAUCAACUUUUCCAAUUUUUUAGUUAAUGUAUUUCUUCUAAGACUUACUCCACUCUCCUCCCCACAUGUUUAUUGAUUGACCUCUAAUGGGUAGCAAGUCUUCACUCAUAUCUAUGGGCUUUCCUCUUCCCUUUCCUUUAACACAUUUUAGGUUUGAAUUUAUCCUAUUAACUAUUUCUUAGAAUAACAGAAGCACUGAAUGUUUUCAAAGAUUGGAGAAUGGGGAAGAAAAUCUUGUACAAAAUUAAAUUUAAUAAUUAGCUAACUGAGACUUGGAUGACUUAGAAUUUUUAUAGCAUCCUUAUCACAGUUAAUAAUUCAGUCAUAUAGCCAUCUCAAUAGUUUUUUCCCCAUAAGGAAUUUCUAAUCCUGCACUAAGAUUUGGGAAGGCAAUUUAUAUCAUGAGACCUAAACUCAAUCCAACUCUUGAAAAGGGGUGGGUAAAUUCUGGGUAGUUUCUUCUGAACAUAUAUUUUAAAGCUUUUGAUUCUAAUCAGAAUCUAAAAUUUAGGAUCAGUAAAAAUUAACCACUUCUGUAUAUAUGUUUUAUUCUAAGUCAUUUAUUGAAAUUCGUGAAGAAUAUGAAGAUGUACUAUGCAUAUGUUUAUUUUGAGUGCCUCAUGCCAAAAAGAAAAUAAAGUACCACAGAUGAAGAAUUUUAAAAUGUAUAUUAAUGUAGUUAUAUAUUUGUUGUAACUUUUCAGUCUCUAAUUUGUAGUAUUCUUGUCUUCUUAAGUUGCUAUAGUUUUUCUUAGAUUCUUAUAAUUAUGGAGUGACCUAGUUUUUUUUUUUGUUCUUGAAACUUGGUAAAUUUUUAUUUCUUAUUCUUAUAUUUAAUUUUUUUUUCAAAAUUAGAGCUAGACAUUAGUUUCAUAAUUGCCUUUGAGUGACCUACAUUUGAGAGUAAAUAGAUAGGUGGUUUGAUUCUUUUUUGGUGAGGCCACCUACAUUCAUAAAUCACAUCCCUAUUAAAAUGUUUUUCUAGCAAUCUAAAGUUAUGUUAUUUGAAUCAUUUUACCAAAAAAAUUCCCAAACCAACAGGAAACUUAAAGAAGUAUUGUUUUAUAUGUACAAAAAUUAUUAGGUGGGGAAGUAAAUGUUUUUAUUAAAUAAUUUUGCUGACCAAGUAAUUUUAAGUGAUUAAUAUGCUACUUAUUGUACCUUUUGGAAACAUUAAUUGUAGCAGCUGAUUUGUAAAUGACUUUCAAUACUAUUUUAGUACAAAUAAAUUUACUUUCUUUGGUUUUUA